GAUAGAACUUAAUACAAGAUGGAGACCCUGUAAGAGGAAGACACUCCUGCCAUCCUCUGAGCUCCACGGCACGUUUGUGGGUGGCCCACCAUCUCCUCUGCUCCCCUCAUGGCCUUCCUAAGGUCCUGUAAGACCCUGAGUCCUUGUCUCUGACCUGCCAGAGUGGCUUCAGUCUCCCACCUCCAGCUCUCAGCUGACCUUCUAUGCCCCAAUACAUCUCUAUUUUAAGGAAAAAACCCAGCCACCUCCUCUAGGAAGCUUUCCCUGACAUAUCCGACCAAAUAGGUCAGUCAUCCUACAGAACCUUUACUCUCAUUCACCCAGUACAUUGCUGUUACUGGCCUUUAAAAUUUGGAUUCCUUUUUGGUGGUGUCUGAAAGACUACAGGAUUUAAGGAGAGUGACUCUUGGAGUCUUUCGAUAAUGUUCCUGUGAACUCCUGGUGAUUUUAACAUGCUUGUGGUCACUCUCGCCUCCUACUUGUAAGCUACUCAUGGCAAGGACGAAGCACGUGGACCAAUUUCCACCCCUCCCUUCAGGUCAGUUGGUUCAGCAACUUAGGUUGCUAAAAAGGCCGGGGCAACCAACCUGGUCUCUCUGUAAGUGGGGACAUCUUAAAACAAAACAAAAUCUCUCUUAGAUAAAACACUGUCUCUGAUAAGCUCACUUGCAAAUGAAAAAAUACAAAACAAAUGGAAUAUGCAGAGUUCUAUAAAAUUCAUUCAACCAAUAGAGCAAUAAUUGAGCCUACAGAGAUCACUUAUCAGAAAAUUCAUUCAAUAUACAUUACGAGAUCAUCCAAUAAAUGAGACAACUCUAGAACAGCAUUCAGAACAUAGUGGCACUCAGUAAGUUUCCCUUGAAUGAAUGAAUUAAUUAAUGCAUAUUUUAAAUCAGCCUCCUCUGCCCUCACCCAGGAAGUCAGAGGCACCAGUGUGAGUCUCCAUCCACUGUCCAGUACAUUCAUGGUUUCCUCAUUCUCACUAGGCAAUGUUUGACCAGAAAGAACAGGGAACGAGAAGGAGCUGCUGGAUGGUGAUGAGCCUGGGAAAUGGAGGCUGGGUGAGCAGAGACAGAAGAGAAACACCCACCUGCUGUGACCUCACAAACACCCAGGCUGAGUUUUGAUAAGACAAGUUGAAUCACACUGGGGCGACAGCCUCAUCCUUCCAGGUACAAACAAGAACAGGCCAUGGUUAACCAAAGCUCCCCCAUGGGCUUCCUCCUUCUGGGCUUCUCUGAACACCCAGCACUGGAAAGGACUCUCUUUGUGGUUGUCUUCACUUCCUACCUCCUAACCCUGGUGGGCAACACACUCAUCAUCCUGCUGUCUGUGCUGGACCCCAGGCUCCACUCUCCAAUAUACUUUUUCCUCUCCAACCUCUCCUUCUUGGACCUCUGCUUCACCACGACUUGUGUCCCCCAGAUGCUGGUUAACCUCUGGGGCCCAAAGAAGACCAUCAGCUUCCUGGGCUGCUCUGUCCAGCUCUUCAUCUUCCUGUCCCUGGGGACCACUGAGUGCAUCCUCUUGACAGUGAUGGCUUUUGAUCGCUACGUGGCUGUCUGCCAGCCUCUCCAUUAUGCCACCAUCAUCCACCCCCGCCUGUGCUGGCAGCUGGCAUCUGUGGCCUGGGUCAUUGGGCUGGUGGAGUCAGUGGUCCAGACACCAUCCACCCUGCGCCUGCCCUUCUGCCCCCAUCGGCAAGUGGAUGAUUUUGUCUGUGAGGUCCCAGCUCUAAUUCGACUCUCCUGCGGGGACACCUCCUACAAUGAGAUCCAGAUGGCUGUUGCCAGUGUCUUCAUCUUGGUUGUGCCUCUCAGCCUCAUCCUUGUCUCUUAUGGAGCCAUUACCCGGGCAGUGCUGAGGAUUAACUCUGCAAAAGGGCAGAGGAAAGCUUUUGGGACCUGCUCCUCCCAUCUCGCUGUGGUCACCCUCUUCUACAGCUCAGUCAUUGCUGUUUACCUCCAGCCCAAAAAUCCCUAUGCCCAAGAGAGGGGCAAGUUCUUUGGUCUCUUCUAUGCAGUGGGCACUCCUUCACUGAACCCUCUCAUAUACACCCUGAGGAACAAGGAGGUAACCAGGGCAUUCAGGAGAUUGCUGGGGAAGGAAAUGGGGCUCACACAAAGCUGAGGGAGAGCUGCUUAAUGUGCUUUAAAAGAGAGGAGAUUCCAUGUGCUUUUAUCAGAAAGUUUGAGUUCCCUUCCCCUCUGCCUUCCUCACACCCAUUACAUUGUGAGAAUGGAUGAAAGCCACAUGUCUGUGUGUAUGCGUGCAAGAGACAGCAUCUGAAAUGUAGUAAAGGCAGGUAUCUUUAUGUGACAAAUUAUAGUCAUUAAGUAUAAUAUUUUAUAUUUUUCUAUUUUGUCUUCGCCUCCAUAGUCAUGUUCCUACCUUUAUCAUUUCCAUUUUAAAUUCCCCUCCCUUGCCGUAUGCCCACUAUUCCUUCACCUCCAAUUCUAAUUCCUACCACGUCUUCUUUGCUUCUCCCUCAUGUUUUUCCACUUCGUUAUAUGUCUGUUUUGCAUUCUCAUUCUAUUUUAUUCCUCAAAUAACUGCUAAAGAGAAGGGGAAGCUGAAACCCAGUUAAGUUCAGAAACUCACCCAGGAACACACAGUGUCCACAGCGUCAGAACUAAAAUCCAGGCCCCAUAAUUUUCAGUCAGGCAACUCUCAAAUACACACUGUUGCUUUCACACCAUAAUCAAAUAUCUCAGUAUUUCAGGCUUGAGCCUUACAAAGGAAAUUUGUAGAUUAGCUUUAAUAAUGUAAAUUAGCUUCUUUAGUCCUAUUUCUUCCCUUACAAUGCCCACAAAUCGCAGGUAAAGGAUCAGCUAGAAAGACACAAAAAUAUCUUAAUGUUUUGGCUGGCACAAUUUCGACAUUGUGGACCUUGGUGUCAUCUACCGGCCAAAUAUGGUAUUGCAUGUGACAUCCCAGACUUCUGCUCCAGGGUCAUCCGAACUGUACUUUGCUCAAAGACAUAGGUAUUGUUAUGAUACUACAAAGCAUUUAUGUAAUCGUUAUGAUAACCCAAGUAACACUUAAAGAACAGAUGCUCCUUGACUUAUGAUGAUGUUACCUCCCGAUAAACCUAUCAUAUACUGAAAAUAUUGUAAGUUGAAUAUGCAUUUCAUACACCUAACCUAUCAACAUCAUAGCUUAGCCUCGUCUACCUUAAACAUACUCAGAACACUUACAUUAGCCUGCAGUUCAGCAAAAUCCUCAACACAAAGUCUAUUUUAUAAUAAAGUUUUGAAUAGCUCAUGUAAUUUGCUGAAUACUGUACUGAAAGUGAAAAACAGAAUGGUUAUAUUGGUACUCAAAGUACGGUUUCCACUGAAUGUACUUCUUUUGCAUCAUCAUAAAGUCAAAAAAUGGUCAAAGUCAGGAACCGCCUGUAAUUUACACAUAUUGACUCAUUUAAUCCUUAUAACAACACUAUGAAACAGAUAAUAUUAUUAUUCUUUUUCAGAGGUAAAAACUAAAACACAGAAUUUAUGUUACCAAUUGAAAAUGUGCAAGCCAGGAUUUGAACCCAGGAAAACUGGCUCCAGACUCCACGCUCUUAACCUUGCCUUUUGGUACAAAUAAUGCCUCCCGAGCCCAGGUGAAAAGCUUCAACUUCUCAACAAGCUUUGAGGAAAUCAUUUUAAUCUAAAACUAUAUCUAAAUGAUCCCCCAGCCGAAGGGGUUUUGCUUCCUUAAAAUAAGAGUUUUUCAAAUACUUCAAAGCAUAAGAAACAAUAGAACAAUAAAACUUUUGGAAAAAGUUGUGUUACAGUUCAUUGUGUAUGUGUUUCUGGCUUAGUUCACCCACUAGAUUUCAGGCUCUCAGAAGGCAAGGACCAGAAUUUUGCAUAAAACUGGCACCCAGUUUUAUAAAUGUAUGAAUGAAUGAAUGAAUGAAUGAAUGAAUGAAUGAAUGAAUCCUACUCUCCAAAGAGAAUAUCUAAAAGGUUCUGGGGUUCCAAUCCCACAGAUGCUGUCUCCCAGCUUUUCCCUGGCAAGGGCAGCAAUACCAAAUUCCCUUUGAGUACACACUGAUAAAAUAAGAAAAAGGAAAAUCUUAGUUUUAUUUCUAGUUCCAACAUAAAAUGAUUUUGAUUCAACAUUUAGCCUGGCAUUGGCACAGAACAACAAUAUUAAUUCUUUUAUAAUCCUAAUCUUUAUCCUAGCCAUCCUUGUGUUAAUCUUAUUGUCUCCUUGACCUCAUUAGAGCAUAUCCUAAUCUUAAUGUAGAGCCCCCAUUUUAUAUUUAAUAAUCUUAAUCAGCCAGGCACGGUGGCUCACGCCUAUAAUCCUAUAAACUUUGGGAGGCCA